CAUCGUGAGGCGGUAGACCAUCUAAUCUGCAUCUCUUCCAUUCUCCUUUUUUGCUUACUGUUCAGUUGUUCUGCUCUACAUCGAUCGUCAUGGAGGAUAAGUUAGUUGAUCUUGCAGAGAAGCUCAUCAGAGUUGGCUUCCGUUACGUGAAAGAUCAAAUCGAAUGGGAUAAACGCACGAAGGAGCCGCUGGCAAGGUUGAAACGGUAUCUCCCCCAGAUCCAAGCUGUCGCCCACUAUGCUUCCAGCCAAGAGCAGAUCACAGACCAAAAUAAACCUCUUAACGAAUGGCUAUGGCAGCUACGAGAUGCCAUUGAUGAUGCAUUUGACGUGGUUGACGAGCUGGAGUACAUGGAGCUUGAAAAGCAGGUGACCAAAGACAAGAAGCUGAGAAGGGUGCGUUCCAUCAUGAAAUCCAUGAAGAAAAAAUUUGUCAAAAUUGGCAAACGUGCUCUCAAAAUUGAUCCCACCUUGAAGCGACUGGAGGACGCUCUGCAGAAACUUUAUGAAGUUACAACAACUGGUGUUGAUAAUUUCCUUUAUCUUGUAAAAGACGCAAAGAAGGAGCUUCAGAAGCAGCAGCAUGAGCUGCACAGAGCACGUGAAACGGGAUCCUCGACUAAAAAUGAUCUCAUUGGGCUGGGAAAGGAAAAGAAGCGUGUUAUGGAGUGGCUGAGGAAUCCAUCAAAUGAGCAUCGGGGAACUGAGUUGUACAGAAACAUUUCUCUUCUAUCUAUAGUCGGCCAUGGUGGUAUGGGGAAGACAACUCUGUUGCAAAAUGUUUAUAAUGAUGAAAUUACAAAGGAAUUUGGUCUUAAAAUGUGGGUUUGUGUUUCCAACAACUUUGAUGUGAAGAAAGUCAUUGCAGAUAUGUUGCAAUCUCUUAAGAAAGAGAAGCCUCGUUGUGACACACUUGAUGCACUUCAAAAUAGUCUUCGGACUGAGAUUAUGUCCCAAAAGUUCUUACUUGUGCUCGAUGAUAUUUGGGAGGAGGAUGAGGAGAAGGAUAAAAGCAAAUGGGAGGAUGUGCUCGCCCCUCUAUCUUCUGGGGGCUUUGGUAGUAAGAUUCUGGUAACAACUCGAACGGACUCAGUUGCACUUGCAAAGGUUCUUAAAAAGAAGAAGGAAAUAGUUAAAUUAGAGGGCCUAGCGGAAGAUGAGUGUUUGCAGCUCCUUAACUCUCAUGCAUUUGCUGGUGUAGAGAACUCCCCGAACGAUCAUGAAAAUUUAAGAGUCAUUGCUCGUGAUAUAGUUAAAAAGCUUUCAAGAUCACCGUUGGCAGCUAAGGUCAUUGGUGGUGUUCUGAAUUCUCUUGACUUGGAUGCAAGGCGUUGGAGGGAAGUUCUAGAAAGCAAUUUACUGGAUCAGAAUUCUAUCCAGUCCAUCUUAAGACUGAGCUAUAUAGUUCUGUCAAAUCAUCUACGAAAUUGUUUUGCAUUUUGUUGUAUCUUCCCAGAAGAUCAUGAGUUUGAUAAAGAUGAUUUAGUACGAAUGUGGAUUGCGUUGGGUUUCAUUCGGCCGUCUCAAGGAAUGACUAUGGAGGAUAUCGGAGGAAGGUAUUUUGAUGCUUUAGUCAAAAAAGCUUUAUUCGACAAGGUCGGUGAUGACUACAAGAUGCAUGAUUUAAUACAUGAGUCAGCAUCUAAAUUUUUUUCUCAGGUAUGCUGUAAACUUGUGGGUAAUAAAGAGUCAUCUCUCAAAAUUUCUGAGACUAUUCGACACUUGUUUGUUCUAAAUGCAAAACCAUACAUCUUAAGAAAGAUUGAGAAGUUGAAACAUUUGCAUUCUCUUUUCUUGUUCUAUGAAGAUUUUAAUGAUCAGGAUCUUCACAGUGGACUUAUUGAAGUAUUGAAAACAUCGAGAAGCCUACGCUUAUUAUACAUAUGGGUUUCAAAAGGCUUGGAAAUAAUACCUGAGGAGAUUGAAAAUUUGAUACAUCUUCGGUACUUAAAGAUUGAUAAUUCUAAUUUGACUAUGCUGCCAAGAUCUGUAAGUAAUCUCUAUCACUUGCAAUAUAUAAUCUAUAAGAGGCCAUAUAGCCUAAGCGGUCCUGAAGGUGAUGUUUUUUUACCAAGUGACAUUAAUAGCCUUGCUAACUUGCGUUACUUGGAAUUUCCGGAAAAUAGUUAUAUUUCAUCAAUAUAUGGGAUUGGGAAGCUAAUGUCUCUUUCAGAACUGUAUAUAUUUGAUCUUAGAGAUAUGAGUGGUUAUAGAAUUGGGGAGCUGGAGAAUAUGAAUGAUCUUUGCAAAUUAGGAAUCAAUUGCCUUGAAAAUGUUAAGGAUGCCGAGGAGGCUUGUAGUGCCAAAUUAUGUUCCAAGAGUAGGCUCAGAGAUUUAACCUUAUGUUGGAGUAACACUUAUUAUUCGACGAACAACGAUUUAGAUGAGAAUGUGCUCGACAACCUUCAUCCACCAAAAUGUCUAAGGAAACUGAGAAUAGAGAGAUACAUGGGUGCAAGGUCUGCAAUAUGGAUGAACAAUGUCAAUCUGCUCACCAAUAUAAAGAAAAUUGAGGAAAUCGAAUUGAUUGAUUGCAAGGAAUGGGAAACUCUUCCACCUUUUGGGCAACUUCCCUUUCUCAAGAUACUGAUACUUUAUAGCCUGCCGAAAGUAAAAUGUCUCGAAAGUAAAUUUAAUGGGAAUGAUAAAUACCAUGCCUUUCCAUCGCUACUAUAUUUACUUAUUGCGAGUUUAGAAUCAUUAGAGGAUUGGUUUGAGGAAGGAGUAGCUGCUGAAGAUGGAUGUUUGUUUCCUUGCUUAAUUGAACUGGUGCUAGAAAAAUGCCCCAAGUUGAAAGAGUUGCCCUCUUUGCCUCCUAAGCUCAAGAACUUGUAUAUAGAUAACAUGGGGUGGAAGACUUUGAAUUUUUGUAGCAAUUCAAAUCCUAUUCCCCUUGAAACAUUACAUGUCGUUGCCUGUCCAAACAUUACAUCUAUUCCUCUGGCUGAUGAAAUUGCAAGGCUUGCAGCACUAAGAUCCUUGAGAAUUACAAAUUGCCCUAAUCUGAUCUCUCUGGGAAGAUAUCGACAAGUGGAGACCACUAAUAAUUGCCAGCUCAUGCUCAACGAUCUCUGGAUAAGUGAUCCAAAACAGAAAGUAUAUCAGACAAUCUCGGCCUCCGGUGAUGCCGAAACAUGGCCCUUAAGUGUUGCAGAAGUUUGCUUGGAUGAUGCAGAGACCAAGUUGGAUUCUGAACUAGAAUUUGAUUUCCUGGUUAUGUUAUCUUUUUUUGGUUUCAUGAAGAGUUUGCUAAUGAAGUCUAAUGGAGUCCUUUUUGUUUCCAUCAUUGCUAUUUGUAUGGCUGAAGCUAAGCAGGAAGCAAACUAUUUCACCAUAGAUUGA